AAGAUGUUUGAAGAAAUUGCCCCCACUUGAUGGCCUCCAUACUUAUUCCGGGGAAGGAACAGUUUUUAGUGUCUUUGUUUAAUGGUCAAUCAGAUUAAACAAGAAUCUGGAGGAACAGAGGCAGGUAUCAGAGGCUCAGAAGAUGAGCUGACAUGUACUAUAUGCUUGGACCAAGUUAAGAGGGGGGAGCUUGUUCGUAGCUUACCAUGCUUGCAUCAGUUUCAUGCUAACUGCAUUGAUCCUUGGCUCCAGCAACAAGGGACAUGUCCUGUGUGCAAAUUAAGGAUAGGGUCGGGAAGUGGGGGAACCAGGGAGAACGAAUCCGAUGGUUCAGAUAUUGCGUAAUCUGAUGGUUUAGAUAUGGCUGUAAAAUGCAUAAUGUGAUGUCUUGAAGUGUAUCUUCAUGGAAACAAGUAUAUAUAUAUAUAUAU